UGUUUAUGUUUCUAGUUAUAUCUGCGCUUUAUAGAAGGUUUUAUUUCUUGGCUUACCAUUAUAUUCCGCUGAAUAAUAUAAGUUUGCACAUUAAAAUAUAAUUCGUGCUUAGAAGUAGAGGACCCUUAAUAUGCCAUUAACAGCUGAAAACGCGGCAUUGCAAAUUCAGGACCGUUUAAAAGAUUUGCAAAGACUCAUACAUCAAAUUGAUGAAGAACGCAGGCGCUCUGAGGCAAACGUGAACAGUAUACUGCGGGCGCAGCAGUCGAACUUUCCGCCACAGAAAUUAAAAACCCUGUAUAAAACAGGUCUACAAGAUGCUUCGCACGAGGAAAUGACAAUACGGGGAGCUUUAGAAAAAAUACAAGAAAUCCGCAAUAUUCGAAACGAAAGACGUGUUGCUGCCCGUAAUGCUGGUAACAAAGAAGCAAUACGUCGUGGCGCACUAAUGAAAAUGGUUCAAAUUUCUGCGCAAACUUUGCCUCUCUUUGUAAGUAAGCCUGGUGAGAAAGUUCCGCCGUUAUGUGGUGCUACUCCAGCUGAGAGCAAUUAUAUUGCAAAAGUUGGGGAUAACGUUGCAGCCUUAGUGAAAGGUGUCGAAGAUGACGAAAACUGGAUUUUGGCGGAGGUGGUACAAUUUUUACAUCGCCAAAACAAGUAUGAUGUCAUAGAUAUUGAUGAAGAACAAAAGGACCGACAUGUACUAAGCAAGCGAAAGAUUAUACCACUGCCAUUAAUGCGAGCUAACCCGGAAACCGAUGGUCAUGCGCUAUUUCCAAAGGAAACUGUUGUUAUGGCACUUUAUCCUCAGACGACUUGUUUUUACAAAGCUAUAAUUCAUCGUUUACCCCAAACUGCCACAGAAGAUUAUUUGGUCCUAUUUGAAGAUUCUUCCUGUACGAAUGGUUAUGCUGAUCCAUUACCAGUUGCACAGCGAUAUGUUAUUGCAUACAAACCUACAAAGAAGAGCGGUGGUGGUGGAAGCGGUAGCGUUUCUUCGGCUUAAUCAUAAAAACCAAGUUUCAUUUGAGUUAAAAUAUCUUAUUUAUACAAAAUUAAACUUAAACUUAUGUAAUACAUUUCAUAAAUUAACUACUCCUCA